UCUUCGCAUCAGCCAUUGAGGUUCUGUUGCAUACAUAGGAUUCAAGGGCUCUACUGUUUUUUUCGAAUAAUGUGGAGUUGAAUCCUAGAUAAUCAUACAUUACCGUCUCAAGAAUCCCCCCAAACUCCAUCGACAUCAAAAUUAGAAAUCCAAAUGCCGACAGGAAGGCCUUGAACCAAAACCUCAUCCAUCGUUUGCCCACCAUUUCUUUGGGUUCAUUUUCUUCCCCUGUGAUUUGAUGGGAAAAUCACUGCAAUCUGCGGCUAGGCUUCAGGAGUUAUCGAGGAUUGUCUCGUCCGCCAAAGCCCCUAAGCCCAGUAACGCUCUCCCCAGAUUGCCGAAUCGUGUUGCGACCCCGGCGGCUCUCAAAUCUCAGGCAUCGCAGCUGAAGAUGGAAAGCUCCGAAGGGGAGCGGACUCGGAUUCCACUCGCCCACGUGGUCGCCGAUUGCGCCAAGCGGUGGUUCCAGGACACUCUUAAGGAGGCCCAGGCCGGCGACAGCAAUAUGCAGGUCCUGGUCGGGCAAAUGUACAACUCUGGCUAUGGUGUUCCCAGAGACCCUCGAAAGGGACAUGCUUGGAUUAGCAAAGCAUCAAGGACCCGAAAUUCAGUAUGGAAAGCAAGCGAAAAGCAUCCGGGUUAUAGAGCAAGUGACUCUGAUUCGAAUGAAAGGGAGAACAAAGACAGAUAGAGUUGCGUUCCUCCGCAGUUUUGACUUGUUGGGCAUUAUUUUGGCAUGCUGUUGUAUGAUAUCCGGCAAGAUUUGGUAUUUUGUUCUCUUGAAUUCUGUGUCUCAUAAUUUUAUGUAUUUUUACUGAGUCUUGUAUAUUGCCACUGCAAAUGUAACUGUAGGCUACUUUGGCUGCCUUGUUAGCUCUCAUCUUCUCUUAGUUGCUGACAUGAUGGAUAAUAAGAAAAUUUUUAUUUAUUUAAUUAUUUUUUAAAUUGAAGAUUUGUUUUGGAUGAAGGUUUGAAGGAUGCUAGUUAUACUCACUACAUUUUGCAGCGGCAGAAGUGCUGACAUGGUUGCUAAAGCUCUUUAUGUGUAUUUGUAAAAUAUCAAUUUUUUUAUAUCGAUGGAUAUUUAUUUUCUAUUUUUGCUUUGAAAAAUAAACGUUGUCAUACACCAAACUUGCAGCAAUGGCCCUUAUAGAAAUUCCAGGAACCCCUGGUGGAUGAUGGGAGUUGACGAAGGGUGAAACUGAGUUUUAUUGUUUGUGGUGAACGGUAAUGGACGUGAAUAAGAAAAGUUGGGAACAGAUGUGUGCAAUUUGAGAUAGAAGGUUUGAUAUGACGAGAAAAGAUGCUUGAGGGAGAAAGUAGGUUCAAGUUCAACGUCGUUCAUUCAAUAUGCUUCGAGGGUAUCUCUUAAAAGUUAAAACUUAUAAUAGGCCUUACCUUUCUCAUUUCUGCUCAUUUUCUGGGGCUAAAGUUCUCUGUUUUCAACGACUCAAGUUCUCAGUCGUCACGGUGACCUAUUCGUACAAUUUAGAUGAAAAUUUUUGUACUUUUGAUCAUCCCUUAUUUCUUCCACAAGAGAUGGGAACGAUGAAGGAGAUCUUUUGAGAAACAUUAGACCGUUUGUAAUUUAUUUUAAUUUAUUGAUGCACUUCACCAGUUUUAUUAUUUUUUUUAAAAAAAAAAAACAGAGCAUCCCCCAGCCAUCAACAUCAUUCUUGCUUGCCAAAUGCCAACCCAAACCGAGUGAGUGGAAGCCACUCAAUGACAACUCAAAAAAAUAAAGAGGAGGGGGGGGGGGGGGGAAGAGUAAGGCUUUAUCUUUAUGCAGAGAAAACUCGAAGUUUCCUUCCAGAAUCCAAUUCCUUCCUCACUACUCAUUUCUACUUAUUUAUACCCUAUAUCACCCCUCUCAUAUCCCCUCUCAACAUCAUUUGGUAUCAUUUUCUCCUUCAUUGCCGUAUUCUCCACGUUUCAUCAUCCUGAACAAUGACAAACGUGGUGGAAGUGAGAGUGGGUUUGCACUGUGAUGAAUGCAUAAAGAAGAUCCUCAAGGCCGUCAAGAAGAUCGAAGUGUGAGUGUUGCGCGUGUUACAGAGAUAGAAACGUAUAACGUGGACACGGAGCUGAACAAGGUGAUUGUGACGGGCAACAUUACAACGGAGCAAGUCAUCAGAGCACUUCAAAAGAUUCGCAAGAAUGCUACCCCUUGGGACCAACAACCUCAACCCACAACCGCUGAAUAACUCUAUUCUGUAUUCUCGCUUGUUUAUUAUGUGCACGUGUCCUUUCAUUAGAAGCAAAAGACUAUAUAUGAAAUGUUGACACCUAUUCCAGUAAAGAUUCACUAUAUCACUUCCUCCAUUUUUGACAA